AUGAAUUUAUUCCUGUUCCCUGCACGACCUUCAUCUCACAACUCCUACACUGGCGGCCACAAUGCAGGCAUGCUCCGCCUACUCUUCUUCCUCACACUCACGCUCCUUGCCACCUUAGCCCAUGCCACCGACUACCACGAGCGCCUAACCCUCAGCCCCCUCCCCCUAGGCACGCUCCUCGCAUCCUUCGACUUCCGUAGUAACGAGUCCCAGAGGACCUACAACGCCCAGAACUUCCGCCUCUUCCCACGGUCACUAGCCCAGACUCUCCAACAUGCGGACACAAAAGAGCUACACCUGAGAUUCACCACCGGCCGCUGGGACGCCUCGGAAUGGGGAGCCCGACCAUGGGAUGGGACACGGGAGGGCGGCACGGGGGUUGAGCUGUGGGCAUGGAUUGAGGCGGGGAGUGAAGAGGAGGCAUUUGGGAAGUGGGCUGCUUUGACACAGGGACUCAGUGGGUUAUUCUGCGCCAGUCUGAAUUUCGUGGAUGGUACGAGGACCACGAGGCCGGUCUUGACUUUCAGUCCGAAGGGAGAGCAUGGAACCAGCGAACCUGGCGGCGGAGACGGAUCAGGAGGCUCUACGUACUUCCUCCACGGCGUCCUUCCCGGCGAGGUAGUCUGCACAGAGAACCUUACACCCUUCCUCAAACUCCUGCCCUGCAAAGGCAAAGCCGGCAUCUCCAGCCUCCUCGACGGGCACAAAGUCUUCGACGCCGACUGGCAAUCCAUGUCCAUUGAUGUCACUCCAAAAUGCCCAACCGACCGCUCUGACUGCAUCGUCGAAAUCGCCCAAACGAUCGAUAUGGUCCUGGACAUCGAGCGCUCCAAACGGCCACGCGACAACCCCAUCCCACGCCCCGUCCCCGAUGACCAACUCGUCUGCGACGAAACGAAAGACUACCACUCCCACGACACCUGCUACCCACUCGACUUGACCUCCGACCAUCAACUGCCCUGGUCAUUCACCACCGUCUUCGGCCGCGACGUCGCCGGCGCAUGCCCACUCACGCCCAAAACCGGUCCCGGAUCGCACGCAAUCUGCCUCAACGUCCCACAUUCGCGGACCGCUCUUAUCGGACCAUGGGGAUUUGAGUUCAAAUCGCCCGAAUCCGAACCCGAGUCCCGCUGCUACUCACUCAUGUCCGGUCAAUCCUUCGACAUCGACCUCCCCCAACAAAAGGUGGCCGACCACUACGCUAGUCUAAACCACGAACUCCUCCGCGCCGAACGUACGAUGACCGGCAUCGGCAGCGCCAACGGCGGCAUGCGCGUCCUCCUCUCCAAUCCCUCCCCCACCACCCCCGUCACGUUCAUCUACUUCGAGUCCCUUCCCUGGUUUAUGCGCCCCUACAUGCACACCCUCAAGGCGACAAUCACAUCCACCGAAUUCCCCUGGGCCGACGACCGAACCCUCAUCAGCGACAUGUAUUACCGUCCCGCCAUCGACCGCCAACGCGGCACCCAACUCGAACUAGUCAUGACGAUCCCACCCGCUACCGAAGUCAUGCUCACCUACGACUUCGACAAAGCCGUCCUCCGCUACACCGAAUACCCACCCGACGCAAACCGCGGCUUCAACGUCGCGCCAGCCGUCAUCCGUGUUCUGAACCAAACGACACUCACUCCGUCAGGUGGCGUGGAAGAGAGAGACGUAUACAUCCGCACAACCUCCCUCCUCCUCGCCCUCCCCACACCGGACUUCAGCAUGCCGUACAACGUGAUCAUCCUGACGAGCACGAUCAUGGCAUUGGCGUUUGGGAGUAUUUUCAACCUCCUUGUACGUCGGUUCGUCGGUGCAGACGAGGUUGAGGAGGGGAAGUUGAAGGUUGCAAUACGCACAGCGGCGGCGAAGCUACGGACGAGGAUAGCUGGGAAACCUGUUGGGAAGAUGGAAUGA